AUGGGGUUUGAUGUUGGAAACGAAAAGGUUGGAGAUGGUGUGCUUGAGAAAGGAGUGAUCAAAGACGACGAUGCCGCCACCAUUGCUGAGCACCGUAUUACCGUCAAUGCGUCGGGUCACACUGAUCAGCUCACUCGUCAAUAUGGGCUUGUUGGCCUCACAGGCAUUGCUGUUACGGUCAACAAUGCAUGGGUGGUUCUUGGGUCAUCGAUCUCUGUGUCACUACUAAACGGUGGGCCUUCGGGUGUACUCUAUGGUCUUAUAGUAGCGGUGUUUUACUACACAUUCAUCGGUCUAAGUCUGGCAGAGCUCGCAUCUUCCUUUCCAACCUCAGCUGGUGUGUAUCAUUGGGCGACACUCGCAGCCGGACCGAAAUGGGGACGAAUUACUGGCUUUUUCGCUGGAUGGAUCAACUUCUACGGCUGGAUGUUUGGCCUGGCAUCACUCGUCCAGGUUGCAGCCAACGCCGGCGUGGCACUUUAUGCUACACUUGCAUCCAACUAUACCUCUGCUGCAUGGCACGUGUAUGUUGCUUACAUGCUUGUGCUAUGGGUCAGUACCUUGACCGUCAUCUUCGCAAACCGUCUGGUUCCCUAUACCCAAAAGAUCGGUCUCUUCUUGGUCAUUGUCGGCGGCCUGGUUACCAUCAUUGUUGUUGCAGCGAUGCCAGCCCGACACGCUUCAAAUCGCUUUGUUUGGAACUCUUUUCACCAGAACAACCUGACAGGUUGGGAUGAUGGCAUCGCUUUCAUGAUUGGCGUCCUCAACGGGGCCUUCACCAUUGGUACACCAGAUGCCAUCACACACAUGGCCGAGGAAGUCACCAAUCCAAAGAGGGAUCUUCCCAGAGCAAUCUUUCUCCAGAUUGCCAUUGGUGGGCUGUAUGCCUUUGCCUUUGCGAUCGUACUCGGUUACGCAAUCUCCGACCUUUCCGUCUUGCAGAGCGGGUUCAACACAUUCCCCCUAGCCGGGAUCUACCAUCAGGCCACUGGAAGUCCCGCUGCCACGUUUGCCCUCUUGUUCAUCAUCCUCAUGUCGUCUCUAUGCUGUGUAAUUGGGACUGUCUUGACCAAUUCUCGGACCUAUUGGGCCUUGGCUCGAGACAACGCCGUACCAUUCUCAAAGUACUUUGGCAGAGUCAAUGAGAGCUUAAGCGCUCCGGUCCAGGCAACUCUGUUUGUCGCCGUGAUUGCUUCUGGAAUCGGCGCCAUUCCACUGGGUAGUCCAGUAGGCUUCAACAACCUCACAGGAUCCUUCAUCAUCAUCAGCACUGUUUCUUAUGCCAUCCCCAUUGCUUCAAAUCUGUUCAGCCGCCGUAAGCGAUUUAAUCCAGGACCAUUCCAUCUCAAAGGACUGGGCUAUGUGGUUAAUGGGCUUGCUGUCCUCUUUAUCACACUGUUCGAUGUGUUCUUUUGCUUCCCUGCUGCUCUGCCAUUUGAUGCUACAACGAUGAACUACAAUUCUGUGAUCCUUUGCGGUGUAAUGUUUAUCACAUCGCUUUGGUGGUUUACUUAUGCUACCACGCAUUACGAGGGCCCCUCGUUUCAUCAUGCGGCUGGUUUUGACGAAGAGAAGGACUCAAGUUUGUGA